AUGGAUAAUAAUAAUCAAGAAGAACUCGUGGAGAACAAAAGUCUGUCGGGCCUGUACUCGACUCUUGUUCCGGUGCUGAUCGCAUCCGGUGCUUACCUUGCAAUCUUCCUGAUCCUCCGUAGGAGCCAGCGAAGAUGGUAUGCGCCGAGAACCUACAUCGGCAGCCUGCGACCAGGCGAACGCACUCCUGAAUUGCCAAAUGGUUUGUUCAACUGGGUUGGCCGAUUUUGGAAGAUUCCGGACACUUUUGCCCUCCAGCACCAAGGACUGGACGCCUAUCUCUACCUGCGCUACAUGCGCAUGUCCGUUGUCAUAACCUUCGUUGGAUGCUGUAUCACCUGGCCCAUCCUAUUUCCAAUCAACAUCACAGGUGGGGGCGGUCAGGUGGAGCUCGACAGGCUGAGUUAUGCCAACGUCGAUGCCGGGACCCAAGAGGGCAAACACCGAUUCUUUGCCCAUGCAAUCACCGCUUGGAUUUUCUACGGCUUCAUUCUCUAUUUGAUCUUCCGCGAAUUAGUUUUCUACAUCAACCUGCGGCAGGCGUUCCUGUUGAGCCCGUUGUAUUCGCGUCGUAUCUCGUCUCGGACCGUCCUCUUCACCUCUGUGCCAGACGCCUACCUCGACGAGGCUCACCUGCGACAGGUAUUUGGGCCCUCGGUCCGCAACGUCUGGAUCACAUACGAGACGAAGGAGGUCGACGAACUGGUCAAGAAGCGCGACGAGAACGCUUAUCGACUCGAGAAGGCUGAAGUCAAGCUCAUCAAGCUUGCCGACAAAAACCGUCGACAGGCUCUCAAGAAAGGUGGUUCUGAUGCCGAAGCUGACGCCUCCAAACACGAAGCCGGUCAACUGGAUACCGAAUCUGGCAGCAUUGCGGCUCGAUGGGUUCCCAAGGGGAAGCGACCAACACACCGCACUGGCGCCCUGGGCUUGAUUGGCUCAAAGGUUGACUCUAUUGACUUCUGCCGUGAUGAACUUCACCGUCUUAUUCCCGAAACGGCUGAAGCCCAACGCCAGUACCGCUCAGGUGCUUCCAAGAAGAUUCCCGGUGUCUUUGUUGAGUUCCGGAGCCAGGGUGAAGCCGAGGCUGCUUACCAGGUGGUUGCUCAUCAUCGGGGUCUUCAGAUGGCACCACGCUAUAUUGGUAUCACACCUAGCGAUGUCAUCUGGUCGUCCCUCAAGGUCUCGUGGUGGCAACGUGUCGUUCGCCGUUAUUUGGUCCUGGCCUUUAUCGCAGCCUUGAUCAUAUUUUGGGCGUUCCCCGUCUUGGUGGUGGGCAUUAUCACCAACGUUGACAAGCUGAAGCGAGAGGUUUCAUGGCUGAGCUGGUUGAAUGCUAUUCCAGAUGCAAUCAUGGGCGUUAUAACUGGCCUGCUACCGUCUGUGGCGCUCGCCAUCUUGAUGUCACUUGUCCCCAUCAUCAUGCGACUUUGCGCAAAGCUUUCUGGAGAGCCGUCCCACUCCAGGUGUGAACUCUUUACCCAAAAUGCCUAUUUCUGCUUCCAAAUCGUUCAGGUUUUCUUCGUUACUACCGUCGGUAGCGCUGGUACCGAUCUUGGCCCUAAACUUCAGCAAAUGGCACUGGAUCCGCAACUGAUACCGCAGACUCUCGCCUCCACACUACCCAAGCCGGGCAAUUUUUACAAUAACUACUUCCUUGUACAGGGUCUCACAAUCGCAGCGGGUGUUCUCUCGCAGAUUGUUGGCUUUGUAAUCUUCCAGCUCAUGUACAGGUUCUUGGCCUCAACGCCUCGUGCCUUGUAUCAAAAGUGGGCGACGCUGAGCGCGAUCUCUUGGGGGAGCACGCUUCCCGUUUACACCAUGAUCACCUGCAUUGCCAUCAUCUACGCCGUCAUCACUCCUCUAGUGCUAGGCUUCGCAUGCUUGGCCAUGUGUCUGUUUUACAUCGCCUGGCGCUACAACGUUCUCUUCGUCACUGACACGAAGAUUGACACGAGAGGUCUUAUUUACCCUCGCGCCCUCAAACAACUCUUCACGGGUGUCUAUAUUGCUGAGAUUUGUAUGAUCGGUCUGUUCGGUGCAAGCACUGCGGUUGGACCGGCGAUCCUGAUGGCUGCCCUGCUCCUCUUCACUGUUCUCUUCCAGCUCACCCUCAGCAAUGCUCUGGAUCCUCUCCUUUACAAUCUCCCUCAAACGCUUCUGGCUGAGGAGGAGGCACUGCUCGCGCCUCACAACGGAGCCCUCAGCGCUGGCCCAUCAGGCGCGACAGGCACUACCAUGGCCACGAAUGGCUUUGGCUCCAAUGGCGCGCACAGCUCCGCCGACAUCAAGGACACUGAAGCCGCUGAUGUAGCCACUGUACCUUCUGCCAAGCGAGGCAACUUCGUAUCACGAUUUUUUGUGCCCUGGGUUUAUGCCGACUACGCUACCCUGCGCAAGCUGGUGCCGCAGGGAGCUGAACUUGACCUUGAUCUCGAUAACUUGUACUCGGAAGAGAUCAACGGUAAUGCAUACUAUCCGCCCGCUGUGACAAGCACGCCUCCGCUUCUCUGGAUUCCGCGUGAUGCCGCUGGAGUAUCGAAGCAAGAGGUUGCGCACACGAGCAAGGUUAUCCAUAUUACAGACGAGGGAUGCGAGCUCGACGAGAAUGGCAAGCUUGUUUGGGACAGGGAGUCGACGCGCCCGCCUGUUUGGGAGGAGAAGGUGCCUUACUGA